GCGGGCGGUGGCGGCUCCUCCCGGCGCGGGUAGCCACUCGUAGCUGCGAGAGAGGGGCGGGGUGGCCGGGGCCGCGCUCCCCGGGCCAGCUCGCGGCCCGCCCCGCCGCCCCGGCCCCCCGCAUGAGGGUAUAUAUUCGGAGCGGGCGCGGGACGCCGAGGAGUGGCUGCGCGCUGGGAGCCGGAGCCGGGCGGAGUCGCUGUCGCGCCGAGGGAGGUUUACAGGUGCAGAGAUUACACCUCUAUUUUCACAAAGCUUGGCUACCAGAGCAUUAUGAAUGUUAACGAUCUCAAACUCAGGUUGUCCAAAGCUGGACAGGAACACCUGCUACAGUUCUGGAAUGAGCUGGAUGAAGCCCAACAGGUAGAACUUUAUGGAGAGCUCCAGGCCAUGAACUUUGAGGAGCUGAACUUCUUUUUCCAGAAGGCAAUUGAAGAUUUUAACCAAUCCUCUCAGCAAGAGAAGAUGGAUGCACGAAUGGAGCCUGUCCCUCGAGAGGUGUUGGGCAGUGCCACCAGGGACCAAGAUCGGCUGCAAGCCUGGGAAAGUGAAGGACUUUUCCAGAUUGCUCAGAACAAAGUGGCAGUUCUUCUUCUAGCUGGCGGGCAGGGGACGAGACUCGGUGUUGCAUAUCCCAAGGGAAUGUAUGAUGUUGGUUUGCCAUCUCAUAAGACCCUUUUUCAGAUUCAGGCAGAGCGUAUCCUGAAGCUUCAACAGUUAGCUGAAAAAUACCAUGGCAACAAAUGCAUCAUUCCAUGGUAUAUAAUGACCAGUGGCAGAACAAUGGAAUCUACAAAGGAAUUCUUCACAAAGCACAAGUACUUUGGUUUAAAGAAAGAGAAUGUAAUCUUUUUUCAGCAGGGAAUGCUGCCUGCUAUGAGUUUUGAUGGGAAAAUUAUUUUGGAAGAGAAGAACAAGGUUUCUAUGGCUCCAGAUGGGAAUGGUGGUCUUUAUCGGGCUCUUGCAGCCCAGAAUAUUGUGGAGGACAUGGAGCAGAGAGGCAUUUGGAGCAUUCAUGUCUAUUGUGUUGACAACAUCCUAGUAAAAGUGGCAGACCCACGGUUCAUUGGAUUUUGCAUUCAGAAAGGAGCGGACUGCGGUGCGAAGGUGGUAGAGAAAACGAACCCUACGGAGCCAGUGGGGGUGGUUUGCCGCGUGGAUGGAGUCUACCAGGUGGUGGAGUACAGUGAGAUUUCCCUGGCGACGGCUCAGAAACGAAGCUCGGAUGGACGCCUGCUAUUCAAUGCAGGGAACAUAGCCAACCAUUUCUUCACCGUACCAUUUCUGAGAGAUGUUGUCAAUAUUUAUGAACCUCAGUUGCAGCACCAUGUGGCUCAAAAGAAGAUUCCAUAUGUGGAUUCCCAGGGGCAAUUAAUUAAGCCAGACAAACCAAAUGGAAUAAAGAUGGAAAAAUUUGUCUUUGACAUCUUCCAGUUUGCAAAGAAGUUUGUGGUGUAUGAAGUGCUGCGGGAAGAUGAGUUUUCCCCACUAAAGAAUGCGGACAGUCAGAACGGGAAGGACAAUCCUACUACUGCGAGGCACGCCCUGCUGUCCCUUCAUCACUGCUGGGUCCUCAACGCAGGGGGCCACUUCAUCGACGAAAAUGGCUCUCGCCUCCCAGCCAUUCCCCGCAGUGCUACAAAUGGAAAGUCAGAGACCAUCACAGCUGAUGUCAAUCUCAACUUGAAGGAUGCCAAUGAUGUACCAAUUCAGUGUGAAAUCUCUCCUCUUAUCUCCUAUGCUGGAGAAGGAAUAGAAAGUUAUGUGGCAGAUAAAGAAUUCCAUGCACCGUUAAUCAUUGAUGAGAAUGGAGUCCACGAGCUGGUGAAGAAUGGUAUAUGAACCAGAAACCAAGUUCACCACAGUAAGAAUAGCUUUUAUUUUUGAUAGACCAACUGUGAACCUCAGGACCUCUCCUGGAAUACUCACGUUUGAAUAUCUACAGGGUUUCACCUUGCUUGUUGAACUCUUACAACUACUCCAUGUUCCCCAAGAUCCAGAUGACCGAGCUUCAGAAAGCAUUUUUAUGAUUUUCAGCUCAUUGAAGGUCUUAUUUAUAUUUUUUAACUGUGUGAUUUUUUUUUUUUUCCAAGCCAAGGAAAACAUUGGCCAUCCAGGAAAUUUCCUACAGCUUGGGUAUAGUCAGGGUAUUCAACAUCACUGUACUUGGAGCUGGAAACAUUUGUUUUCAAAGUUAUACAUAGUAAUUAAUAUGUCCUUAUAUGUAUCGAAAGGUUUCUAUGGUACUAAAAGUUUGUUUUAUUUUAUCAAAAAUUAAAUUUUUUUAAGAAAAUAAUUGGACAGUAAAAUAAACAUUUCUUCUUGUCU